AUGGUGAAAGUAUUGUUUGAUUUGGAUAAGAAUGAAAGAAAGGUAGAUAAUGGAUUAAAAAGUAAGUUAUUAAAUAGUUUAGGGAGAAGUUAUGUAACUUUCUACUUUGUCUUAUUAAUCACCCGACCCGGAUCAUCUAACAAACGUAGACAGGAUUUUCCUUUCGUCACCACUACUCCCCCUGGUCGCCACUUUUCGGCUCCAAUUGAAAGAAGAACUCGCCGGCUGCUUUCAGGCAACCUUGAUGUGUUCAGAGUUGUAAAAAUGGUGAAGAUCCUCUUACCGGGCUCCAAGAAAAGACAAGAUCCACCUGAAAUAUUGGAGAGUCAACAACAAAAAAAGCAGAAAAUGGAUCAUGGUGUCAAGAUUGAGUGCUUAAAGAUUCUCAAAACAUUGAUGACCCAUAAAUUCGGACCCGUUUUCAAUCAACCCGUGGACCCUGUUGAACUCGGUAUCCCUGAUUAUUUCUCGAUAAUCUCUCAUCCUAUGGAUUUGGGCACAAUUCAUAACAAAUUAGAACACAAUAUCUAUUCUUUCCCUGAAUCAUUUGCUAAUGAUAUCAGACUUACUUUCUCAAAUGCCAUGCGAUAUAAUCCACCCAAAAACUCUGUUCAUUUGAUGGCAAAAGAGAUGAACGAUCUGUUCAAUAAAAUUUGGAAAUCUGUUGGGCCCAAGUUGAUGAAACCAAUCAAAAAUGGUGGAGAAAAGGUCAAGAUUUGUAAACCGGUUAAAAAGCAAGGUGUUCAUGUUAAUGUUGGUGUAAAAGUAAAGAAAAAUGAAGAUAUAAUAAGUAAGGCUUCAAGUUGUUCAGAGGGGAAGACUUUGAUGACUUAUGAGGAAAAGAUGAGGAUUAAGAAGGAGUUAAUGGUGGCUUUGAGAGGUGAAAUCACUGGACCUUUGCGUGGUUUUUUAAGGAAAUAUGGUUUGAUUUAUUCAAGGAAAGAGAAGAUUGAGAGUGUUUUUAAUUCAUUUGGGGAUGAUACUUUAAUGGAGUUGAAAAGAUCCUUGAAAGGUUCUUUGUGUUUGAGUUUGGAAAAGGCCAAGGACGAUUGUGUAAAACCACAAUGGACAAAGGAAGCAACCGAGAGACAAAAACUUGAAGAAAAGUCAAAUAUUGAAUCAAGAAUCAGAGCUGCUAGAGCUGCUAAAGAAGCCAUACUGGAAAGUGCAAAAUCCGAUUUGCAAAUGAAACGCGAUAAAGAAAGGGAAAGAGUAGAGAAGAUGGAAAGAACAGUAACCAUGGAUGACAACCUAACAGUUCUAAGGGAGCUUGAGAAGCUAUGUGAAAUAUCAGGGAUUAAAAACCCACUGGAGAAACUUGGGCUGAGAUUGAAAGAAGAGUAUUAUUAUGGAUAUGAAUACAUUGAUGAUGAUGAUGAUGAUGAUGAGUUAGAAGAUGGAGAGAUCUUUUGACCCAAAAAUGUUAGGAAUUUUAUUGUUG